CCUCUUUGCUGGUUCUCAAAAGGUUCAGCUUUUCCUUUGUUUAGGUCUUAAUGGCAAUUGAUGAGAAGUACGGUCUCUAUAUCGGAAAUCUGUCGCCAAAGACUACUCGCGAUGAUCUCAGCGACAAAUUUAUGAGAUGGGGGUCAUCGUUUUCUAGCCAGAUCGUGGAGGACAAAAUCACAGGUCGUCCUCGUGGUUUUGCAUUUGUGUAUUACCAAGAUGAACGUGCACUAGAAGAUGCACUCAUGCAUACAAUCGGCACAAAGCUUCAUGGUCGAGUUCUCAACAUAAAAAGGGCGCACCGCAACACGGGAAAAGGUGAUUCGGCUAUGGUUAUAGAGGGAAAUCUUGUUGCUAUAUAUGUGGAGAAGGCCAUUUUGCAGGAGACCGUCCUGGUUUUGACAGUUGAGGUGAUGGUGGGAGCUGUGAAGACAGUUCACACUGCUACAGUUGUGGGAACCUGGCCAUUUCGCCCGAGAAUGUUAUUCAUCAAAUGCUACAAAAUGUUACUGUGAUGACAAAGAGUUGCAUCCCACAUAUGGAGAGGCAGCAACACGAACAAAGGCACAAUUAAAAGAGACAGCUGGUGUGGCACCUCAGAUGAAGGGUCUUUAGAGGGACUGAUAAUGAAUAAGUGGAUCCUACCUCUGCAGAGAACCUAACUUUGUUAAGGUUCGCAGCUAAAUGUUUGAUAGAGACAUCCACUGCAACUCCUCAUGCAGGUAGUAUAAAGAAGGCGGAACCUGCUAUUGUUGACAUCUUUAGUGAUAACGAGAGCAAAGACAUGUCUCUGCAGAUGGAGAAGACAACGCAAGUCAUGGGAUUCCCGGUGCCUAACAAAUAUGUUGCCCUCUACAAAGCAAUAUAUGAAAAACAUGGGCAUAUAGCCACAAAGACGGUCAUAAAGAAUUCAAUGAUGGCAUUAUUUUCCCUUGUUACUGAUCUUUUAGCCAUAAUAAGCCAAAUGAAGGAGACGUCAUUUUCAAACUUGAGCAUGUCUUUACCGAAUCAUUGGGAAUCAAAGGUGUCCACAGCUGAGGCGAUGGAGUUCAAUGUUGGCUGGCUCAGGACUAGACUAAAUGAACUGAAGGUUGAGCUUAUUGUUGCGAAAACCCUUCGUUCUAUGUUGCGCAAUGAUGGAAAGGUUCUCAAGGUAACUCGAGAUGAUGCUAAAGUCGCUUCUAAACCAGAGGAAACUUUGAAGGCACAGUUGUUAAGCAGAAUCAUGCAGUCAAAGUAAAGCACAAGUUGAACUGGUACGAAGCUAGCGUGAAAACCCAGCAGAGG